AUGAAAUUCCUCUCGCUCGUCCUGGCGACCACCCUCGCCACCUCCGCCUACGCCCGCACCGACCUGGCAGGCUGCGUCUCCUCUCAGACCCGCAACCAAUGGAACGAAGCCAGCAUGAUCUGGUACGUUCCCGAGACCGGUGAGAUCUGCGACAUCCCGGACUGCGGCGGCGGUCGCGCUCCGCCCAAGCAUGACAAUCCCGCCUGUCCCGGCCAGUACACGGGGACCGCGACCUACGAGCCUAGCUACCUGCCCGGCUACGGGCCCGGUGCGGUCGCUUCUACCAGUACGCUGGCGGCGACUGCGAGCGCGAGCGCAACGACUACCGCGGGUGACUCCACGAUGACGACUGGGGAGGCGAGUGGCGUGACGGCGGCGACGAGCAGUGUGGUGGUAUCCUCUGGGGCGAGUGUGACUGCGUCGGAUGCGAGCUCGACCUCGAAGCCGGGACAGAAGACGGGAAGCUCGUCUGCUGCGGCGUCGGGUACGAGUGGUUCGGCGGGUGCGCAGCAGACGGGCAAUGGGGCGGAUAUGCUGAAGUGGAAUGCUGUCGGGGCUGUGGCUGCUGUUGCGCUGGCGGCGGUGGCCUUGUAA